GCUACAGCGCAUGUGUCGAAGCCUCGGGUAUCAGAGGACCAUCACUACACAUAACACCGCUGGUCGGGACAGCAGACGGACACCUCCUCGCUGUCUAUAAUUAGAUGUCUAACCUGCACGAACAUAUCCUCCGCUGUGCCUCGUAGAAAACAGAACUCAUCGCAGGUGGUGGACGGUGAUGGCCUCAGUGAAAAAGGACAACAGACUGACGAGCUCGCAGAGCUUCCUGUGCGUCGGUUUCUCCGGAGUUUUCAGCAAAACGGCCACGUCGCCUCUGGAGGUGGUUAAAAUUAAAAGCCAGGUGGGGACUUUUCACUGUAAAAGAGGCUUCUGGCAAAGUUUCCUCAUCAUCUACCAGAAUGAGGGACUCCGAGGGUUUUGGAAAGGAAACCUCUCUUCUUGUUUGCGGCUGUUUCCUUACACAGCUGUUCAUCUCACAACGUACAAAAAGAUUGUCCACCUUCACAUGGAUGAACAGGGCUUCAUCUCUCAGUGGAGGGCCUUACUGGCUGGAGGACUGGCUGGAGUUGCUGCUGCUCUGGUCACGUAUCCUCUGGAGGUGGCAGAGACCAGACUCAUUGUUCAGAACUGCAGACAGCCCACAUAUAUCGGCGUAGUUCACACACUGUCGAAGAUCUACGGGAAUGAAGGGCUGCUGGCUCUCUACAGGGGAUUUUCUCUCACUGUCGUGGGAGCGUUUCCCUUUUCUGUCGGAUGCUAUGCGGUCUACAUGAACUUGGACAAGCUCUGGCAGGAGCCUCCUUUUCGCUUCACUCCACUGCAGAACUUCAUUAAUGGCUGUCUGGCAGCAGGAGUGGCUCAAACCCUCUCACACCCUUUUGAAACUGUAAAGCGGAAAAUGCAAGCACAGAGCGCCCGUCUUCCCCAUCUCGGCGGAGUCGACGUCCAUUUCACGGGAAUGAUCGACUGUUUCGUGCAGGUUGUUAGAAACAAGGGCGUCCUGUCGCUGUGGAAUGGUCUCACUGCAAACACAAUAAAGAUUGUUCCCUACUUUGGCCUUCUUUUCACCUGCUUCGAGAUGUGUAAGCAGGUUUGCCUUUACCGCAACGGCUACAUUAUCUCCCCUCUGAGCUACAAACUCACCCCUGGGGUCGACCAGAGCCUCGGGCCGUACGAGCUGGAGGAGGUCAAGCGCUACUUGAAAAACAGGAACUUUGGGUCAGGGGAUUCGUUUGGAAAUCGCUGGUGAAUCUUCACAUGAGAAAAUGUCUGGUUAAAAAAAAAAAAAAAAAAAGAGACUGCUGACCAGCAAAAGACUGAAAAAAGUUACAUGAAAGCAAAUAAUGUCUUGCCAGCCACAUUCUACCUCUUUCAGCACUUAGUCAUUUUAUCUGACAGUAUUAUUUGCUCAUGACUCCUUCACUGAAUCCAAAAUAUUGACAGCGUUUAACUAAUAUUAUGUGCCUUAUUGCUGCAUUAAUGUAACAUAGUGCCAUAGCGUAUUAACAGAAAGUAGGUUGCAAAAUGCUCUUGUGCUCUGUAAAGUAGAAUUAGAACUUUAUGACUGUAUGAGAUUGUUGUAUGAUAAGCUGCUUGAGUGAUAAAUUAUAUUUUUAAUGUAUAAUGAAUGUCAAAUUUUUAUGCUUUAUAAGUUUGAGUAGGUUAUGGACAAUCCUGCACUUGUUCUGACAAGGAUUGUAAUCAGAGAAAAGUGCUUAUAAUAAAAUGUUUCUUUUUACUGAGA